AUGGAGAAUAAAGAUAACCAUAUCAGUGGAUUUCCACAAGAAUUCUCUCCAUUUCUAGUCAAACUAUUUGAGAUGUUAAAUGAUAAAGAAUCAAAAAAGAUAGUUGAGUAUAAUAAGGAGAAUCAUGGAUUCUUUUUGUAUGACAAACAAUUGUUCGUUGAUUAUAUUUUACCAAAACACUUCCCAAAUGUUAAACAAGAAAGUUUUAUUAGACAAUUGAAUGGAUAUGACUUUCAUAAAAAAGUUAUUGAUGGUCAAGACUGUUUUGUUCAUGAAUCAUUUGACCCAACAAACUUCUCUUGUAUUAAAACAAUCAAAAGAAAAAAAGUUAAACGACAAAGAAAAGGAAAUGAAUAUAAGCCAAUGAAAAACAACAGUGAAGUUUUUAAAAUAUCACCAAAUUCUCUUGAACAAACAGAAGAGUUACUUCCAUCUCUUUCUUCUUCAUUAUCAAGAGACUCAAAAACAUUGUUUAUUGAGAGAAGAUAUUUGACUAAUAGUAAAGGAGGAGGUUUAGCAAUUGAUGCUCUAAAAAGAAAGAUUAUGAACAAAAACAGAGAUGAAGAACAAGAAAAAACACAACAAUUGACUGAGAAGAAAGAAGUUUUAAUAAACGAAAAUGAUAACAAAAACAAUGUUUGUUCGAAUGAUGAUAAAACUAUUGACAUGGAUCAAAAAACUGAAAUAGAUAAUGGUGAUAAACUUUCAAAUUCUGGUGUUCAAAAACAAGUUCAAUCAACAACACAUAUCAUAUUUGAUGAUGGAAUGGAUGAUUGUACUUCACAAGAAUAUGAAGUGAAUAAAACAUUAAAGACACUUCAAGAAUCAAUUACUUCAUUGGAAAAAGCAUUCACGACUUUACAACAGAAUCAAAAUACAAUUUACGAGGAAGUUCAAAGUUUGUCGAAUGUAAUAACAACACUUCUUUCUAUUUUCAGUCUGUCUGAUCAAUCAAUACCACAACUCCCAAAAACAGAUCAUAAAGAGUUGGAAAAAGAACUUGAGUCAGAGACUCAAUAA